GUAUGUGUUUUGAAUUUAUUUUCAUAUUUGUAGAUGAUAUAGCUGCUUUUUGGCGGUUAUCAUAUAAACAAAAAAUUCAAGGUUUAAUGUCCAUUUUAAUAUUUAGUUAAGAUGAUAAUUUCUUAUAAUCUGUCUGUAAUUUGGAGGGGCCUUCUGGUCUGUUUUUCAAUCUGCCAUUACAGAAAUAAUACUAUAGGCAGAUCAGUUAUCAGUGAUGGCAGCCUACCAAAAACGUAUCGGUAUCAGAUUAAAAAAUUCAGUGUCAGACGUGCUCUAGUUUUUGGAAAUUAACAGUUCAUCUAUCCAAAUAAAUAGCUUUUAACAAUUUUCUUAGGUGGCCUAAAAGUUUUUGCCAGAAUAAAGUUUUUACACUUCAUCACAGUGAAGAUAUAUUAUAGGAAUGUAAUACAUAAUGUACCUGUUUUACAGUAAUUUACAAGAAACUGUCUUUAAUUAACCAUAAAUGUAAUAAGAAAUGUUUAUGUAGUGUAUUUUUUUCUGGUUGUUUAUCAAAUGAUAGCUGGCUGUCUCAGUGAUCCUACUUUGUGUCUUUCAUAUUGAAGAGUGUAAGAAACUGAAAAGAUCUCCAGUGUUCCCUCCACUCUGAACGUCUCCUCCAAUAUAUAUUUUUUAGAAGGACACAAGAAGCAGACAUCAGUAUGUAGUUGAGGUCUUCUCAAAGACACUAUGCAUUGGGAAAGAAAGAGCUAUUAGAUUUUAAUGAAAAAAUUGCCUUGUGCAACCAGCCUGGUAUGACGAUAUCUUCCAAGUUAAAGUGAAGCGUGAGCGUAACGGCCAGUCUGGCUAAAUAAAAACACUGCCCUCCAUGGCAAAUGCACACGUCAAUGAUUAUUUUUCAUUGGUUUGUAAAUGCAUUGGUUGUCAACUGAUGGAUGAGCUUGUAGUCUGGCUUUAACACUGCGAAACCAAAAUGUUAUGACCAAGUGACCUUUUCUGGAUUAAACCUCUUCUGUUUCUGUUGUUUGACUCCACCUCUCUCCAUCUCCCUCCCCUCUCCCUCCCCCUCCCUCGCUGCCUAAUCCCAGGCAGUGUUCCAGAUUCUGUACUGUGUAAACUGGUCAUGUCUUAUGGAUUACAUACAGGGACUAGGUUACUGAGACUAGGGAUAAUGAAUGCCGGGGGAGAUGUUCAAACAAUUUGCCUUUGUUUACACAGGCCACCAAAUUCUUAUGUUUUGUUCCACUAAUGUACAAAUCAUAUAAGGAUUUUUCACACGUCUUUUUACAGCUGAUAUCAUUUGUGAGUAAAAGGUAAGAAUUGGGCUGCUUGUGUAAGCUCAGCCUUUGUUAUAAGGGGCAAGGAGAGGUCAUCUGUUAAUAAAGAGAUUUGUAUUGUGGUCCUGCUUACUUAUUCUGUUGUUUUUCUUGUGUUUUGGAGCACUUGGGGGAAGAAUUGGUGAGAGUGGGGUGGCCUGAUGGCCCGAAAAGGAAGAGAAAAAACAGCACAUGUUCGGUUAAGAGCAUGUCCGCGCUGAGCAUCUCCGUCCCAGGAUACAUCCCCAGCUACUUGGAGAAGGACGAGCCGUGUGUGGUGUGUGGAGACAAGGCCACGGGCUACCACUACCGCUGCAUAACCUGUGAAGGCUGCAAGGGCUUUUUCCGGCGCACCAUCCAGAAGAACCUGCAUCCUGCUUACUCUUGUAAGUACGAUGGCUGUUGCAUCAUCGACAAGAUCACAAGGAACCAGUGCCAGCUGUGUCGCUUCAGGAAGUGCAUCGCAGUGGGCAUGGCCAUGGACUUGGUGCUUGAUGAUUCUAAGCGGGUGGCCAAGAGGCGUCUGAUCGAGGAGAACAGGGAGAAGAGGAAGAAAGAGGAGUUUGUUAAGACCCUGCAGACCCGUCCAGAGCCCAGUAGCUCAGAGUGGGAGCUGAUUCGUCAUGUAACAGAGGCCCACCAUCACACCAACGCACAGGGUUCCCACUGGAAACAGAAACGCAAGUUCCUGCCCGAAGACAUCGGCCAGUCCCCUGUAGUGUCUGCGCCAGACGGAGACAAGGUGGACCUGGAGGCCUUCAGUGAGUUUACCAAGAUCAUCACCCCCGCCAUCACGCGGGUCGUCGACUUUGCCAAAAAACUGCCCAUGUUCUCCGAGCUGCCUUGUGAGGACCAGAUCAUUCUAUUGAAAGGCUGCUGUAUGGAGAUCAUGUCGCUUCGUGCCGCUGUGCGCUAUGACCCCGAGAGUGAGACGCUGACACUGAGUGGAGAGAUGGCGGUGAAACGCGAGCAGCUAAAGAACGGCGGGCUGGGCGUGGUGUCGGACGCCAUUUUCGAUUUGGGCAAGAGCCUGGCACAGUUUAACCUGGAUGACUCGGAGGUGGCCCUCCUACAAGCCGUGCUGCUCAUGAGCUCAGAUCGCUCGGGACUGACAUCGGUAGAGAAGAUCGAGAAGUGCCAGGAGACGUACCUGCUUGCCUUUGAACACUACAUCAACCACCGCAAGCACAACAUUCCCCACUUCUGGCCCAAGCUGCUGAUGAAGGUGACCGAUCUGAGGAUGAUUGGCGCGUGCCACGCCAGCCGCUUCCUCCACAUGAAGGUGGAGUGUCCCAAUGAGCUCUUCCCUCCACUGUUUCUGGAGGUCUUCGAGGACCAGGAAGUAUGAACUAAACCCUGACUCCUGACUCCUUUUGACCUAGCGAAGAUAAAAAAGAGAUGGGGAAGUAUGUAGGGGAAAAUGGUAAAAAUUGGCCUCUUUCCUUGUGAAACACAACACCCACCACCAGCAGUCACAGAGAAAAAAUAAGUCGUAGAGAAAAAAGCAAAAAGGCUUCUUUUUUUGGAUCAUUGUUCAUGCCAAUUUGUUUCUGUCCCCUCCUGGUCGUGCAGGCCCCCCACCCACCAGACACCCCCUCCUCCAUGGUCUCUUGUGGCUGCCAUGUGCCUCUCUGAGGCAUUAUUGCAAGCAGCCCUGAGUACUGCUCUACACCUGUGUUGUACAGCCAGUGUACAUGUAUGCAAACAACCAUCCCGAGAUCUGGUUGGAGUACUGGUGGAGCUCUGUGUUGGUCUAGGCCAAUCACGCUCAGAUGGUGACACACACAUUCACAGACAGUCCCAGACCUUCACACACGCAGACAACCACUCACGCAGAUAAACACACACUUCGACCGACAUACACGCAAUCAUACAUGGACUGUAGCUUUUCAGAGCCAUUAAUCACUCGAGGAGAGCAAAUACGCUGCCGUCUCUUGUCCCACAAUUGAGCUUUCAUCAUGGGCGCCCCCCUCCAGCCUGCUCCCCUUCUCACCAGCCUCCACUGAGACAGUUACCAAGUGUAACCCCCCCUUUCUUUCAACCCCCCCUCUGUCAUCCCGCACCCACGCAGGAUGUGCAGCCCAAAAUCCCUCGUAGCCAAGGCGUGUAGUUAUGAACCUACCUCCCUCCACACACACCUACCUUUAAAGACGUCUCGACCUACACGCAGUACUGUGCAAAGACACACACACACACCUAUGCAGGAGUACGAACAAAUAUUUGUUGUGCGGCUAAUACAGCGACAUACACAGAAACGCGUGGGAUUUACCCGCAUGCACGUAUCCAGGGCACGAGUUCUGCCCUCAUACACGUUUACCUCCAUACUUGCAUGCAUUAUAUACACACACACACACACUACCCGUCAAAAGUUUGGACACACCUACUCAUUCCAGGGUAUUUUUGCUAUUGUCCACAUUGCAGAAUAUUAGUGAAGACAUUCAUGAAAUAACUCAUGUGGAAUUAUGUAAUAACCAAAAAUAUGUUAGUUUGUUAUUUUUAAAUCAAAAUUGUUAGUUAAUUCAAAUAAGUCACCUGGAAUGCUUUUCCAACAGUCUUAAAGGAGUUCCCACAUAUGUGUUAUUUCAUAGUUUAGAUGUCUUCACUAUUAGUCUACAGUGUGGAAAAUACCCUUAAAUGAGUAUGUGUGUCUAAACUUAACUGGUACUGUAUCUCGACGUGUAAAUAUACGCACACACUCGCUGGUUUACCUCCGUUCAUCGUAUAUAUCCUAUAUCCAUUCAUUUAUAUUUACGUACCUGUCUACCUGAAUACCUCCAUACCUCUUUAAACAGCAUAUACAGUGCACACUAUGUAACCAUCUGCCUGUGUAUGUGUGGACCUCUCCUAUACAUACCUCUACACACACACACACACACACACUCAAAUGUACAUACAAACAGUUUGCUGUGCUUUUUCCUUGUGACAGUUGAUCCUCACCUCACUUGUGAUGUCCCUCCCAUCCCAAACCUCUGCUAAAUCUCCUGUUUGGGUUGCACUGCAUUUCCAUGUGGCAAAAUGUGUGUCCUCUAUGGUGCCCUGCCCCGCCCUGCCCAUCAGACUGGACUCCCACCCCCUCUGAUGUGGGAUUGGUUGAGGGUGGACGGGGGGGUGUCACUUACCUCGCCGUGGGCUACACCACAGGCCCCAUCUCCAACAGAUUCUACCUCACCUCUCAUGUCAGUGCAGCUGCCCCUCUGAGUGCUCUAACACCCCACAUGAUAUGUAGACCCUUAUACCUGUACCUACGGCCCUCUUAUGCAGUUUACAUAUGAGUGUAAUGGUACACACACACACACACACACACACACUUAAACAUGCACAAACCAGUUGCCAAUAUUGACCUCUUAGGUCGCUUACUCCAUCCACAGUGCAGUAUAAUACUAGCGCUGAUACGGGAGAGGCCACGGGUAGAACUUCACAGCAGUCUUUUUAUUUGACACUGUCCCUUUCAUCACGCAGGACAAGGUGUCAUACUGGACUCCCCAAUCGGUUUUCAUUACAGGACAAAUAUCAAACCCCCAAGUGGCAAAAGGAUUCACUUGUUUUCAAACAAAAGAUGGACAGACGGUAUACCUUGGAAGCCCACUGAGCUCGAUGGACGAGUCAGGCCAAAGCGUUGUUGUUGUGUUGUUUUGUUUUGUUGUUGUUGUUGUGGUAAACAAACACGAAGAACACUCAUAAGCUCAAACUCAAGCUUGGCAGUAUGUGGAUGAUACUGGGGUUGUAAACACGGCAGGUCCAGAGACAGGACAGUACUGAGAGGCCUAGCCUUUGCAAACUACCACAUGUAAUCUAGCAUUGUACAGCGCCAUUCAGAGAAGCAACCCCCCCCCCCCCCCCCCCCCUUUCUCUCAAAGUUUGUAAAGUGGAUUUUUCAGAGAGCCACAAAGCCUUUGAGAUGACUCUGACUGUCCUUCCCAUCUGAUCCUACACCCAGCCAGGUCUGAGCUUCUCUACAUGUCCCUGUCUGUCUUCUCAGUUUUUUUGCACUAAAGCAAUGUUUCACCCUUUAUUUUUAUCUAAACAUGUCCCUCAUUGCUAUGCAAGCCACUGGACACACAUAAGUCACACUUUCAAACCUAACCAAUGCUGAAAUGAUAUGAGGCCUAGCUUAAGCCCCGUUUCCACUGGCACUUAAAAUGAUGGCAGAAAUAGGGCCAACAUUGAGCUGUAAAUUUCAAUUUUGAACUGGGUCAAAUCAGAUAAUCAGGCUGGUGACUUUUUGGUUACUAUUCAACCACAUGCUGAUCACUGGUGGAUGUUAAUUCAUUACCUUGUCUGAUUAUGCUACCAGCUGGCACAUGUACCAGCAAUACUGCAGUUUUCAGACACAGCCCAAAUUAUCAAAAUAGCUGGUUUCUUACAUUUUUUGCAUUACACAAUAUUUUAUUAAAUUAAUUGGCAAUCAUAUGCUAGCCAGAUAUUUGUUGAUGUGCACUAGCAGGGAUUUUGGAUAAAGUUAGCUGGAUAAUAAUAAAAAUUAGCUAGCUGGUUAAUAACAACACUAUUAUAAGUAGGAAUAAAGCUAGUUCUGCUGUGAGCAAUGGCGCAAACAGUUUAGCUUGCUAGCAAACUAAGUACAUGGUUCUCAGUCUGGUCGGGUAUAAUGGGUAACAUUAGUGGUGGUCAGCAUGAUAUUCCUCAACAUCUUGCUAGUUAUGUAGCUAGUUGUAACAUUUGACAAAGGACUUUCUAUAUAUUAUAACUAGUUAAAAAAAAUAAGCAAAGCCAGCUGCUCAUUCAGCUACCAAGCAACAUCAAUAGCUAAUUUCGGAAGGCAGUGGAAACCACAGUUUUAGCUAGCCCAAUGAAGCCUGACUAACUUUUAAGUAAUUUACUAUUUUAGCACGUACCAGAUCAACUUAGGAGUGAGUGUAUACAUUUUCAUACUUUUUGUUUUAUUUUUGUCGUAUUAGCCUGCAAUGGGAAUCAAACCCACUAAUCCGGGUUUAACGUCCAUCUGCCAAUGGAAACAAGGCUUUUGUAAUAACACAAGUGGAUGUAAAGGAACGUAGAAAUCCUAAUUGUAUGGAAAAUGAGUAUUCAUUCAAACACAGAAAUGUUAUCCAGCUCUAUUGAAGAGAUGCCGAUCUAGGUGACCUUCCUGCUUGGAGAAAGGGUACAUAGAAGAUAUGCAGCAUAAUGAUAAUCCUCCUACUCGAUCAUCACUGUGAACAAGCCAGGCUUUGUUAAGGUGUAGUUUGAGGUUGACUUUUGUUGUGAAUGCCAUGAAAGUGUACCCCCAUAUUUUUUACAGGUGUCAUUUAAGAGCAUGUGAAGAAAGGGAGCAUAUCGACAAAGCCAGAUGUUUAUAGACUACUGACAAUCUUCUCAGACAGAAUCAAACGCACCAGCAACGCAGAGCACACUGCCUUCAGACACAAUCAAUCACACCAGCACGGCUCUUGCUAGCGAUCUUAACCAGGAAGUCAUCUUGUCAGGAAGGUGUGGACACAAUUAACUUAGAAAGGUUAGCAAAACUAUGUCCUUCCACACACCUUCCUAUUCUCUCUGGGACCACCUUAACUAACCACGCUACUAACCCAGGGAUAACAUCGAUUUUCUAGAACUCAACAUGUUUCUGCUUUCCUUUAGGGCUGGCUUCCUGGACUCAAAUGAAAGUAUUUAAAUGAAGAAUCUCUGUAAAACAUACUUUUUAUUCCAAGACUAGGAUUAGUUGAGUGCGGGAAAUCAGCCCUAUAAUGCCCCCAUCUCCCUUUCCCAACAAUGACAAUCUCUUUCUUUUCCCUCACUCUCCCCAUAAACCUUUUCUUACCUCAACAUGUUUGAACCUCAUUCCCCACUGAACAUCACCAAUCAAGCCCCAACCAAAAGAAGCACUUAAAGACUUAGUGAUGAAAGGAAGUCCCAGAUACACAAAUAAUGUGUUAUGAGGAAUGUAAUUUUUGUAAGUGUAAGUUGUUUUCUUUUUUUUUUUUUUUAAGUCCCAGACUGAAAAUGUUGUGCACUAAUACAUGUUGUUCUGCACAGUGGCUGGAUGGAUGUAUUGAUGGAUGGUUGUUGGAUCAUGUCACACUUUGGGGUUUUAAUGCUGUUUAUCUAACAGAGUGAUCUGAAUAAAAUGUAUUAUUAUUGUUGUUAUUAUUUUUAUAGAGACUGAAAGCUCGGAAACAGAACAAAACAAAAGAAGACUUGGAAGUUAGCUCACAACAUGGAUAAUUCUUUUGAGCUUUACUUUUUUUUUUUAUUCUUGUCUGUUAUUUGUGUUGCAUUUGAUUUGAUUGGUAAGUCAAUGCCUGUGUUGUCAAACUUUACAGAUUAUAUGAUUCUUUACUGUGUAAAUUGAACUGCAGUAGAUUUCUGCAUCCCAAAAAGCCUCCAUAUUUCUAAUGCAGACUAGUUGACCUGAUGCAGAUUUUAGGUUUGAAACACCCCUGUCUCACUAAACUGGAUUCAUUUUAUAUUCUACCCAAUCUUAACGUCAUUCAAUAAAUGGUGUAAAACAGUGCUCAACUGGUUGCUCAUCAAGACCCAAAUUAAACUAAAGUGUGUAGAUUAUAUUAGGUAAGGGAAAUAUUAUACCUUUCUUUUAGAUUCAUUAUCAUACACUGCUCAAAUGAUUGAUGAAGAACUUUUAACGCUACAAAAUUAACCAAAUCUGCUAAAUAACACAAAAAAUAUUUGAUAUGUCUACACACCUUCUCCCGGUGAUUAGUUGUUUGAUAUAUGUAAUUUGUUUUUGAUCCUAUCCCAAGUCCUAUUAAAAUCCUCCUGUGACCUACAUUUGGGUUGCUGCCAGUGCUGUGGAAUGUUACUUUUAUCAGUAACAUGUUACCUUAAACAUACUUACUAUGGAAAGUAACUUGUUACAUUUCACGUGCAUUACCAAAGACAGAAGCCGUCUGAAGAUGCCUGCACAUGUUGGUCAUUCUUUUGCCCCUUAGCAAGUAAGGAAAGUAGAUAUCAUGCCCUCCAGAUUUAUUGGCACCAUAGGUAAAUAUGAAAAAAAAAAAAUUAUGUUUAUCAGCUUGAUCUUACUCUCAAAACCUUAUAAACUUGUACUGAGAGAACAUAUUUCAAAUAAAAAAAAAUCAUUGUGAUCAAGAAAAACUUUUUUCAAAAAUACGCAUGCCAUAUUAUUGGCACCCUUAGAAAAUCUUGAGCAAAAUUGAAUUCACCCAACUUAUUGUGGGAAGUUUGUGGAAGGCUACCCAAAAAAUUUGGCCCCAGUUAAACAAUUUAAAGGCAUUGAUACUAAAUACCAAAUUGAGUGUAUGUAAACUUCUGACCUGGGAAUGUGAUGAAAGAAAUAAAAGCCGAAAUCAAUAAUUCUCUCUACUAUUAAUCUGACAUUUCACAUUCUUAAAAUAAAGAGGUGAUCCUAACUGA